UCUAAUUCUUCUUUCCAUCCAUCUUUUCAUUUUUUAUAGGACUUCUUCUUCAAUUGCUUAAUCAAACUUUCAUAAGAGUAUAUAUAGGAUUAUCACCCACCAAAAUAAUCCCAACCAAAAAUCACUUUCUUUCUUCUCUAAAACUACUAAAAAACCAAAAUCAUGGAGUUUCAAAGCCAAAAAAUAUAUUCUCCAAAACACAACAAAAAGAGGCUAAACCAAGAGCAAGUGAGGUUGCUAGAGAAAAGUUUCAAUGCCAACAAGAAGCUGGAACCUGAGCUCAAGCUUCACCUGGCUAACCAGCUUGGUGUUCCAGCAAGACAAGUAGCAAUUUGGUACCAAAACAAGCGAGCCCGGUGGAAGACACAAAGCUUGGAACUUGAUUACAACACUCUCCAAGUGAAACUAGAGAAUGCAUUGUCUGAAAAAAGAAGGCUUGAGAAAGAUGUUAAGUAUCUUCAAGGAGAGUUAAGGAAAGCUCAAGAGAUGAUGUUUGCUAUGAAUAAUCAAAGAGAUAAUCAUCGUCAAUAUCAAUAUCAACAUCAGCAUCAUCACCUUCCUAAUUUUGUUUCUUGCAAUUCAAAAGGGUCUAGUGAAGGAGGAAGCUCUGGCUUUCAUGAAGACAAUGUUCAUGAUCAUGAAGUUUUGCAAAUUGAUGAACUCUAUACUUGUUUGAUUGGAGGACAUAGGUCAACUUGGAGCUAAGGCGGUUGUGGGAAAUUGUUGUUUAUUGUAAUAUUGAUGGUGUAAUAACAAGUUUCUUGUUGGGUGUCUUAAUUUGUAAGAAAAUAGUAGAAAUCAGUCGUGACUUUUUUAGGCUGUGUUUCGUCGGACGGAGGAAAAGAUAAAAAGGAUAAAAAAUAUCAUUCAAUGGCUAAGUUAUGCAGUGAAUCAAGGCUGCUGGAUUUAAAAAAAAAAAAACUUAUCCUUCUUUUUCCCUUCUUGCCAAACACAACUUUAGUAGGAUUCUUUAGUGUUACUUUGUAGUAACCAUGUUUUAUCAUGAAAAUGUUCAUGCACUCUCAUAUAAAAAGAAAAAAAAAAUUUAAUGUCUUUAUUAAAUGAUUUGAUUUGAAGAAGAAGAGAUCCGAGCCCAACUGAACAGGAAUAUAUGCAUUUAUCAUUGAGCAAUAAACGCGUAGAUGCUAUGUUACUUGACUUUUGAGUGAUUGAUAAACUUGUCCUAUAA